AUGGCGCAUCCUUCGAUCCAGGAGCUGACCGUUCAUGUCACGAACAAGUUGAGCAGCAAGAUGCUGAUAGUGCAUUGUCGAUCCGGCGAUGACGAUCUCGGUGCCCACUGCGUCGAGAUCGGUGCCGAAUUUCGCUGGAGUUUCAAGUCGAACGCUAUGGCGACGACACUUUUCUGGUGCAGCCUCGCGGUCGAAGAUAAGCGUCUUUCUUUCGUGGCGUACGGGGAUGAGGUGCCGUAUUUUUUCGAGCACUGGAGCGUCUACGACGGUGGGCUUUACGGGAAGGAUAUACGCACCGGUGGUGAACGGUUCAUGGGUGCGUGGAGGCGAAUUUGGCUACCGUAG